AUUUUGGGGAAUUGAAGAUCUUAAAAAGAAGAAGUUAUUAGCAUUAACUAUGAUCAUAAAGACUCAUAAACAAGGCCACCAAAUCUCUUGCAUGCAUACCCUUGGCGGUUCCACAGUUCCACGACUCCCUCUUUCCCACGCUCUCCCGAUUCUCGCCGGAACACUCGGUGGUUCCUCCGAGGAAGGCUGGGUCUUGGGAUGGAUUAUAGCUUGCCGAUUGCAAAGAGAACGAGGCUAAGAGAAGCCCUAAUUUUCAAAGAACUGUACGAGAGGAGGAGGAAGAAGAAGAAGCUAGAGGAGGAGGAGGAGGAGGAGGAGGAGGAAGAAGAAGGCGGCAAUGGGGGUUCCUCUGGUGGGAGUGGACUCGGGGGAUCGAGUGCGGAGAGCGCGAAGUUGGUUGAGUCGUCCGUGGCUGCCUGUGAUGAUGGUAGCGAGGAAGAGGAGGUUGUGGAGAUCGAUGAAGGCGAGUAUGAAAGAGAAGGUGUUGGUUCUGUGGAUUCUGCUGGCUCGAAGAGUUCGGGAUUGAAGAAUGCUUCGAUUUCGAGAAUGGGCGUUCACAAUUUUGAGAGUGUGGAGGCCAUUGAGGUUGAUGACAAUGAUGAUGAUGAUGAUGAAGUGGAGGUGAUCGCCGAAGGAUGUUGUUUCGAUUCGAUGCAUUCGAAUUGUUCGAGUUUGAAGACAGGGUCGGGGAUGGGGUCAAAGGUGGGGCCUCGCAAGAAGGAUGAGACUCAUGUUCUGCCCAUUCAUGUUGAUGAGGUUGUUUCCCCUGCUAAGAGAAUGAGUGACAAUGCCGGGUCGGAGACGGAGUUGGAUGAGUCGGGUCCGCCCGAUUCUGGGUUGCGAGUUUCCAACGAGAGUAAGAAUGGCACUAGUGUCGUGUCUAUUGAUUCAGAUGAUGAGUCGGAACAGAAACCGUCUAGCGAGGAAGACAGUGAUGAUUCUGAGGACCGGGACUAUGCAGUGGAGAUGGAGAAAUCAUUCGGCUCUGCUAAUGAAGAGUCGAGUUCCUCUAGUUCGCAAGAAGAAGAUGAGGAGGAAGAAGACGAAGCUGAGGUUGCUGGUGACAGUGGGAACAAUGGCUCUAUUAAGAGCAAUCCUAGCAGUGUUUGCGUUGCAAGGCGUACCCGCUCACAUUUCAAUUCAAGCAUCAAAAAUAAGAAAAUGAAACAUGGAACUUUUAGUCGACCGCUUUGUGUUGAUGAGGAGGAGCACCAUUCUUCAUCUGGGAAUGAGAAUGAUGAUGAUUCAAACGGUGAUGACAUGAAUGGUGAUGAUGCGAAUGAAGAUGUUCUUGUGGAAAAAACACAUCGCAUCCAUCGGGAAACCAGAGGUAACCAUGGCAAUGGGGGUGAAUUUGUGCAAACAGUAGGCAGAAGAGGUGAAGGGGACUUGGGGAAACCGGCAAAAAGGAAGCGUGUCCGUGCGCCUAAAGGUUAUGAUGUUCUUAAGAUUCUUGUAGAUUCUAUUUGGGAGAAGGGAGAAGUGCUUCUGGAGGACUUGGAUCCUGCAAGAGAUGUGACUUCUUCUAGAGGUGAGGCUUCCAAUGAAGAAAGGAACCCAAACUCCCCGGAUCUAGAUACAACACUUCCAUUGAAGUUCGCAUUUAGCAUUCAGGAGUCAAAUUCACUGGAUAAAUCAGAGCAUGAUAAAGAAUUUGAUCAGCUUUGGACUGAGUUUGAAUUUGUCCUCAGAUCUUCUGAGAUUGGUUCAUUGGAUUUCUCUAUGGUCGACACUGAAUAUGAUUUUACUCCAGAUAUUAAAACUGAUUCUGCUACACAUUGCCGUCAAGGCAAACAUCAAUUUGUUCUUGAUGAUGAGAUUGGAAUAAAAUGCAAAUUUUGCUCUUUUGUGACACUUGAGAUCCAACACAUAAUACCCACCUUUGAUACAUAUCCUUGGGGGAAAUCAGAGAAGAAGUACUUUGGCAAAGAGGCCCAGUCAAUUUUGGAUGAGCUUCAGUUCCAUGAUUCUGGCCAUGAUAACAGGUUCAGAUGUGAUUCUUCUGUUCAUGCCAAAGGCACCGUGUGGGACAUCAUUCCUGGUGUUAGAAAUACUAUGUACCCUCAUCAACGUGAAGGGUUUGAAUUUAUCUGGAAAAAUGUGGCUGGAGGGAUUUAUCUUGACGGGUUUAAAGAUCAUACUUGUUUUGAUGGCGGGAGUGGAUGCAUUAUAUCACAUGCUCCUGGGACAGGGAAAACCCGCUUGACAAUAGUAUUUAUUCAAACAUAUAUGGAACUAUUUCCAACAUGUAGACCAGUCAUUAUUGCUCCUUGCAGCAUGCUCUUGACCUGGGAAGAAGAGUUUAAAAAAUGGAAAGUAGACAUCCCAUUUCACAAUCUGAAUAAGCCUGAUUUUUCGGGCAAGGAAAAUCUGGCUGCAGUUAACAUACUUGGGAAACUGAGACACCUGGAUAGAAGUAAGAAUUCAAUACGUAUGGUAAAAUUGUACUCCUGGAAAAAGCAAAAAAGCAUCCUGGGCGUCAGUUAUAGACUCUUUGAGAAACUUGUUGGAGGACGAGUUGAUAAAAAUAAGAAAAAUGAUGUUCUGGAGGCUGAAGUUGCACAAGUUAGGAAAAUCCUCCUUGAGCUUCCUGGUCUUUUAGUUCUCGAUGAAGGGCACACGCCUCGCAAUAACCAAAGUCUUAUCUGGAAGGCAUUGUCAAAGAUUGAAACAGAGAAGCGCAUCAUCCUCUCAGGAACUCCUUUCCAGAAUAAUUUUGGUGAGCUUUAUAAUACACUCUGUUUGGUGAGACCGAAAUUUGCAGAUAGGUUCUCAUCUGAACAGCGUGGAGAUUUUCGAAAUAAGCGAGGAAGGAAAAGUAAUUUUGCUAGAGGCAAAUGGGCUUCUCUGACCAAUUCCAUUGGUAAGAUUGAUGGUGAUAAACUAAUGGAACUUAGAGCUAUAAUUGACCCAUUUGUGCAUGUUCACAAAGGAACUAUACUCCAAGAAAGUCUUCCUGGCUUAAGGGAUUCAGUAGUUGUUUUACAGCCAGCUGAAUUUCAGAAAAGCCUUCUUGAAGGCAUUCAAGGAAUAAGGAACAUUUUUGAAUUGGGAUAUUUUGUUUCAUUGACCUCUGUCCACCCAUCACUUUUGCCACUGUGUUGUUUGUCUGAAAAAGAAGAAUCUUUUGUUGAUAGGGAUAAGUUAGAAAGCCUUAGAUUAAAUCCUGAUGCAGGAGUUAAAACAAAAUUCCUCAUGGAGCUCCUUCGGCUCAGUGAGGCAAUGAAUGAGAAGGUUCUUGUCUUCAGUCAAUAUAUUGAUCCAUUGACCUUUAUUAGGGAUCAGCUUAAAUCUCAUUAUAGUUGGACUGAAGGGAAGGAGGUACUAUAUAUGGAUGGACAGCUUGAUGUCAAGCAGCGUCAAUCCUCAAUCGGAUUUUUCAAUGAACCAACGAGUGAAGUAAGAGUAUUACUUGCAUCAAUAAGAGCUUGUUCAGAGGGGAUAAGUCUUGUUGGGGCUUCACGCGUUGUUUUGCUUGAUGUUGUUUGGAAUCCAUCAGUGGAAAGACAAGCCAUAAGCCGUGCAUACAGGCUUGGGCAGAAAAAAGUUGUUCAUAUUUACCAUCUCAUUACGUCUGGGACAAUAGAAGGAGAAAAAUACUGUCGUCAGGCUGAAAAGGGCCGUUUAUCUGAGUUGGUGUUUUCCUCUACUGACAGGGACAGUGGUACGCAGAAAAUCUCAUCCACAGUUUCAGAGGAUAAAAUCUUGGAAGAGAUGGUUCACCAUGAUAGGCUCAAAUAUAUGUUUGAGAAGAUAAUAUACCAGCCAAAAGAGUCUAAUUUAAUAGAUACUUUUGGCUUGGAUGAUCUCUAGUUCACUGUGAAUAAAAAUUUUGAUAAUGAAAAUUUUGAUAGCAAGGCAGCCAAACAUUUUCUCAGCAUGUGACCUAUGAACUAGAAGCCAUGUUGUCUUUGGUUCAAAAGGUGUGAUGGCAUCAGAAAGUUCCUGAUAAUUUUGACAGGGUUAUGCAGAUGACUGCCCUGAACUGAUUCAUAAUGGUAUGUUCCUCAUCUAUUAAGCAGUUAUCACUCCUGUCUAGAUAAGUGUUGAUCCCAGUAACACAUCUCAUUGAAUUUUGUUUAUUCUGUACCUCCUUAAAUGUUCUCCCACUGUGAACUGUUAGAUAAGUCCCCAAAAUUUCUUCUGAUUAUGGUCAUUAAAUAGGUCAAUCUUCCAAUUGAGAAAAGAACAUUAUUUUCCAUCUUGAA